AUGGUAACGCUGUUCCCCAUUAAAGCGAAGCUAAAGAUGACACCUCAAAAUGCAGUUCUUGCCUCAGUUGCUGUAGUAAUGUUCGCUGCAUUUCUCAACGGACAUUUGCUUUACGCUAAUGUCCUAACUGAUAUAAAUAUUAACAGAACAGUGAUCAACGAAACAAAGUGGAAAGUUGUGAAAUCUUGCGUUCUACGACCAGGUAAAUACACCGAUUUCUACAACGCUACAUGGGGCAUCAUUCUUGUUAUAACUAGCUCAGUGGUACCCAUAAGCCUUAUCGUGACCGGAAACGCAAUAGUUGGAAUUUCUUUGAUUAAACGCAAACGAGCACUUCUGGGUAUCGCACAGACAGACCGGAAAAGUAGUAACCUUCCUCAUCAGCAGUCUCGAAAAGUGUUUAGUACAAAGAUAUUCUUUAUCUUAUGUGCUGUCUUCGUCGUCUCAACCGUGCCUUACGGUAUAUACAUAAUAUUACUCGAGUACAAUAAAGAAGUUGACGAACAUACAUUUGCAAGGUACCAGUUGACAAAUAUCCUAGUAAGGAGCCUGCUGUGGUGUAACUUCAGCUUCAACUUUCUCCUUUACUUCAUGGCUGGGUCGUUGUUCAAGAAGGAAUUCAAAACUAUGAUUGACAGUGUACGUGGAUUCUUACAGUCACUCAUAGGGAGACGCUCGGCCAGUCCAUGGACAGGAACUGAAGAACGUUACUAA